AUGCCUCCAAGCGUGCACACAAUUUUGAUACAUGGCUCUUUAGCGAUAAAAUAUGCCCUUGUUCCCAUUGGACAGUUAUCUGAAGAAGCACAGGAGUCACGGAACAAAGACUAUAUACGAUUCCGAGAACACCAUUCUAGAAAAUCGUCACGGAGUAACACAAACACAGAUUUAUUUAACUUCCUUUUGAUAACAUCUGACCCAAUUAUAACUGGAUUAAGAUCUCAGAUUAAAGUUUCAUCAACUAAAUUACCUCCAGACGCAAUAUAUUUAUUGAAUAUUGAAAACACCGAAGAUAACGAGUCUAAUGAAGAAGAAGCUGAAAGUAAUAGUGAUUAG